CCAUCACCACCACCAUCACCAUCGCCAUCGCCAUCGCCAUCACCGUCCCAUCUCUGGCACCCCCAUGCAGUCCGAUGCAUCGCUCGAGGACCGCCACGUCAGCCUGAUGCGGGAAGCCCUCGCGCUGGCCGAAGAGGCAUACAACAUGGGCGAAGUGCCUGUGGGCUGCGUCUUCUUCGACCUUCCCAGCCAGCAGGUCAUCGGCAGCGGUCGCAACGAGACCAACGAGACCUACAACGCAACCCGGCAUGCCGAGCUUGUCGCCAUCGACCGCAUCCGCCAGAGCCAUCCCAUCGACGUCUUGCACGACUGCGUCCUUUACGUCACCGUCGAGCCGUGCCUGAUGUGUGCCUCUGCGUUGCGUCAGCUGGGCAUUCAGCGGGUCUACUAUGGAUGUGGCAAUGACAAGUUUGGCGGCAACGGCAGCGUUUUCCGAAUCCACCAAGAUCCCGUCGGCGACGAUCCGCCCUAUCCCUCCGAAGGAGGCUUUCUGCGAGACGAAGCCAUCAUGAUGCUGCGGCGGUUCUACGUGCGAGAGAACGACCAUGCGCCGGUGCCCAAGAAAAAGCCAAAUCGGAUUCUCAAACCCAUCGAAUAAGGCUUGCACAGGCCAGCAAGGCUUCCGGGCUGGCAACGUCUGCUGCGAUGGAGCAGCUCUCCUCCACCAACCCCGUAAGCGCCGUUACCAUCGGCC